CUUACAGACAUAAAACUGAGGCAGUCCAGAGAAAUUAACUGAUUUAACCAAGAUCUGACAGCUACUAAGGUGUAAGAGAGAUGGUCCAAUCCUAAACCAACCCCAGGUGGUUCCCUGAGCCCUCAUCCUAUGACUAAGUCAUCUGCCUAUCCAUAAAGGUGUUUUGCUUGAAAUGUGCUUCAAUCCUACCCUCUCAGUUCCACAGUACUGGCUCAGCUCCAUAGUAGUCUCCAUGACACUGUUGGAGUUUCUUUGCUGCAAGCUCUCUUUCCCAGAGUCUUUCCAUUAGCACUAAUGGUCAGCCUUUAAUAACAGACUAUAACAGACAGUGACAUCCCACAAGUUCCAUAUUCUCCAGUUGAGCAGCCCUGGCUCUACAGAUAGGUGUGGCAUUCAGCUGUGGAAUGUGUGCUUAUUCCCUGGCCUCUCUCUACAUUCAGAAUUCUACUGACUCUUGCCACUUCUGCUACCUGAAGGGAAAUCUGCUAACAUCAUAAAGGACCUCUAUGAGUUCAUUUUCUGUUAUUAUGAUGCAGUACCUGAGGCUGGGUGUUUUACAGAAGAAAGAUACUCAUUUAGUUCUGGAGUCCCAAUGGCAUGGUUUCAGCAGUGCCUUAGCUCAGGAGCCCACUGAAUCCACUAAUAACACAUUUGAAAACCAAACAUCAUGAAUAUCUCAACAUUAGGAGAUAAUGGAAAAGGGAAACCUUUGCCAUCCGGUGAAGAGGAGCGCAAUAAUGUCCUAAAACAAAUGAAAGUACGAACUACACUGAAGAGCGACAAGAGCUGGAUCAUCAAGCAUGAAGACUCAGAGGAUCGUACUACACAGCUUCCUUCAGGACAAACCCGUGCAACAUCCUUUUCAUCAGUUGGAGAGGUAUCAAACACCAGGACUCCAAACACAAAGGCUCCCACUGGUUACAUCAUCCGGGGAGUGUUCACCAGAACAAUAGACAGCUCUUCUCACUCCCAAAAGCACCUCUCUAAGAGCAAUGGAGCUCCAAGAAGGGCAUCGUACAACAUCAGGUGCAGCUCCACAUCAGGAACUGAGGAAGAGGAGGUAUCCUUCACCUCAGAUGAACAGAAACAGAGAUCACAAGCUGCAAGCAGUGUUCUAAGGAAGACAGCCUCACGGGAGCACUCUUAUGUCCUCUCGGCAGCUAAGAAGAACACUGGCAGUCCUACCCAGGAGCUGCAGGCCCCAUUUAUCGCAAAGAGGGUUGAUGUGGUGGAUGAUGACGUGCCUCCUGAGAAAAAGCAAGAGCCACCUAGUCUAGCAGGACCUGUUUCUGGCCUAAGCAGUAUGAAUAGAGGCAGAACCCAAUUGUCUCAAGCAAUUCGUAUUGAGUGCAUGCCAAGUGUGCCCAGCCCCUCUGGAAGCCAGGAAUCCAGCUUGAAAACUGAGGAGAUCAUCCGCUUGCAAAUCACAACCCCCAGAGCAGGACUCCACCUAGUGGCCUCAGACCAGGAAACCCUGAGAUCAGCUUCACAGUUGAAUGAUGGCCAUGAGGAGCCAGGAGCCACAGAAUCCCCACCAGAAGGUCUGACUGGAGCAGGCAUUGGCACAGAGAAAAGAGGGUCUGACAUGAUGAUACGUUCUUCCCUGGAUAACAAGAAGCUCGGCAGUGCAGCAGACCUGGAAAAUGAAAAGACAGACCCCAAAGGCUCCUCAGCUGAUCGUGAGGUGAAUGUGACCACCAAGACCAUUGAGGCCUGUCAGGAGACAGCUGGUGCUACAGACGGAGGCCAGGAAAACGCAGCCAUGGCCACUGAAAGUUCUGCAGAUCCCAGCACCCCAGAGCUCAAGAGCAGCCCCAGUGCACCCAAUCAGCUCACUGAAUUUGAAGCCUGUGCUAGCAGCUCAGAGUCCCAACUCAUGUUGCCACCCCAAUUCAAGGAGAAUCUUCUUUCCUCAAUUCAGUCUCUGUGGAUACACUCCCAUAUAUAUGCCCAGAGUACUCCAGCUGCUAGUGAUGAGAACAAUGCAGCCCCCAAGAUCAUCGAGUCCUGGCAGGAGACACCCGAGGCCCCUCAAGGAGGCCAAGAACACGGAGCUGUGGCGAAUCAACAACUUGCAGAUCCCAGUACCCCAGAGCCAGAGAGCAGCCCCAGCGGACCUGAGCAGCAAAUCAAACUGGAUGAUAGUACCAACAACAAAGGGAUUCUCUUCGUGAAGGAAUACAUGAAUGUUAGUGAAGUGCCUUCUGGAAAGCCAGUGUUUUCACACUAUGGCAGUACCAGCAACACUGAGGACUCAUUGGAGAAGAACCCCGCACAUGAAGGCAUACCACCCUCCGAGAGAGCAACUGAAGGGGUCUGUACUUACUGCAGCCAUGAGAUCCGAGACUGUCCAAAGAUUACACUUGAACAUCUUGACAUCUGCUGCCAUGAGUACUGUUUCAAGUGUGGAAUUUGCAAUAAACCGAUGGGUGAUCUCCUAGAUCAGAUCUUCAUUCAUCGUGAUACCAUCCACUGUGGGAAAUGCUAUGAGAAGCUCUUCUAGGCUGAACAGAAGCUGAUGAGCCCCAGAUGCAUUUGGCUGUGUACUUACCCCAAAUUGUUGGUUCUUCUUAAACUUACAUCUGCCAACUGAAGUAACACAUCUAGUAUUGUGUCUCAAUGAUGUUAUAAUUACAUGUAUAUAGUCUCAGUCUUUUAUACCCUAGAGAUUCAAAUCCACAUCUCAGUUGAUCCCAGGAUGAAGGACUCCACUUUGACUUCCCUAAGAUUUAUUGGCUCUCUAAUGAGUGCAGAUGACCGACCUGGUAUGUUAAGACAUGGGCACAAGUGUCGGUAUCAGUGUAUGCAAACUUUUGGAGGCUUCUGAGGAGCCAAACCAAAUGCUGUUGACGAUCCCUGGUAGGGAAAUUAUAGGCAUUGAAUGCUAAAGGUUGGCAAUAGGCUAAUGUUUAGCUUGUCUAUUCAUUCUCUCUCUCUCUCUCUCUCUCUCUCUCUCUCUCUCUCUCUCUCUCUCGGUGUGUGUGUGUGUGUGUGUGUGUGUGUGUUUCUCAUACAAUUUUAAAAUAGUUGUUUUUAUAUUAUUAUGUAGCAGACUUAAAUUACCUCCUCCCAUUUUUCUUUGAGUUUUUCCAGUCAGGUAUGUCAGUACAUAUUGGAAAGUUUACCCAGGUUUAAAUUUGGUAAGAUACAGUAUUAGGAGGCUUACACCAAAAGGGCAAUCUGUGUCUAUUUGAAUUUUGGUAGCUAGUUCAAGUCUUUAUCCUCAGUAUCCUGAUUCCUGGAGUUACUUAUAAAAUCUCUGAACUGCUUUUAGGGUAUAUAGAUCCCAAAAAAGUCAAUAAGAGAACAGAUAAGGUUUCUUGAGACCUCACCACACACCAGGCAUUACCACAAAGCAUUGGCUUUUAAUCUCUUUAAUAGUCUCUAAGAUAUUCUCAUUUUAGAAAUGAAGAUAGUAAUGCUUGGAGGAGUGGGAAGUAUCCUAUAGAACCACUAUUGUCUCUCUGGAGCCCAUACUUUCUUCAGAAGCAAUAAUCAUUGUAACACUGACCUAGUACUGAACAUGUGCCAGGCACUGUGUGGAGGGUCCCUAUGCCUACAAUGAAAUACUGCCCUGAGGCACACUGUUAGACAUGGGAAAAGUGUGAAUCUUGGAUCCCUCCUUGAAGCACUACAGUAAUCUGAUUGCUAUCCAGUGAGUGGUGCAGUAGACUCUCUGUCCUGAGCAUACAGUGACCUGUUUUCUGCCCUGACUAUGUUUCAAACCAACAUCAACUUCUAGGUCCCCAGAUACUCAAAGCACUAAAAGCUGAUGUCUGGCCGAGCAGAGGCAGGUUCAUCCCUGCAGUCUGCUAAUACGCUGCCCUGAUUCAACUUCACCCUGCUGCCUUUGGGUGCAGCAUUAAAUUGUAAGCUCCUUGAAAGGAAAAAUAGCCUUCAAGAUUUGGGGAUGCAAAAUGGAGGUCUCUUCAUUUGAUUUACUUAUAAAAUAGCUCUUCCCUUUCUUUAGACUCUGAACCCUAAGGACAUUUGAGUAUGGACUUGUUCCUCCUAUGAAGUAAUCAGAGAAGAACAUUCUAUUUAUUUGCACAUUUAUCUGCUGCAUGUACUCUGAAGGAAGGAGUACAGUAUGCCACACCCCUACACUAAUUUUUAACUAGUCUUUCUCAAGUCCAUCUCUAGCAUGGGACUUGGCAGAUGGUAGGCAAUAACAUAUGGGUGCCAAAUGAAUUAGUAAGAGAAAAGUGAGUCACUCCUUUGGUUAGAGGUGUUACCUGGGAGUUUCAGUGCAGGCCCAAGGUGGGAUGGUUUCUCCACCUCAAAGGUGUACUCUGCCAUUUAAGGAAGUUUACAAAUAUGGAAGAUACUCAAAGAUGGCUUGCAAUAUUAGUAUUGAUUUGAAUCCAAAAUAGUCCUUUUGUGUCUUAAAAGACAAAAGAAUCUGCAGUUAAGAGAGGGAUGGUUUGCAUUAUUUUGCUUCUUUUUAAUUGCUUAGUGUUUCUAGUUAUAUUUGCUUAAUCCACAUUAAUGUAUACAAAUUAUAAUAAAUGUUAAGAUAUCACA